AUGGUUCUUAGUCAGUCUACUAUUUAUAAAGGAAAGCGCUUAUUUCUUUUCCUAUUAAGUUUAGUUACUUUCCCCAAACCCUGCAUUUUAUUACAAGAGGAUGGAUACUUCUUACAGCUGAGUCGACUUCGCCUAAGAAGCCCUCAUCAGCUGUCGUUUUCCUUGUUCAAGGAGACCCAGUGCUGUUUGAGAUGCCUUCAAUACACAGGUUGCAAAAGUGUAAACUUUGACAUGCGGGAUGGAAGGUGUGAAAUAAACUUUUUCGGACCCCAAAGUCACGGGGUCAAAACGGAAGUUAAUCAAUCAUGGGUUUUAUAUUACAAACCCAAUGCCGAGGAUAGGGAGCUAAUGCUUCGCGCAACUGCCGGAAAUGGAAUCAGCGUCAGAGACACAUGGUUAGGAACAACCAAACCACCUCCUGCCGAAGACGCGUGUAUCUCUAUGGCAACUGGAGCUUGCUCUACACACUAUCGGAAUCCAAAGAUCGAUCUGUGGAACACUCUUCCUAUAGUUCAGGUUUUCUUGGAGCUAUAUAAAGAAGGAUCACUGGUCAUGUUUAUGACAUUCAAUGGCACAGCCUCCAACAUAGAGAAUUGGAUGUCUCCCUCAAGACUUCUGUCGAGCAGUUGGACAAAACUUUCUUUGGAUGCACAUUUCACGUACUUUUCUCUUACAGGCGACUCCUACUGCUCCUGUGUGUUUCUGAUACAGCAGAGUUAUGGGGAGUGUGUCAAGGACACUGGAUGGUUCGUUGUCCUUGACCCGAUCUUAACGCCUCCAGAUUGCUGUAAAUGGAGCGACCUUCCCGAAAAACCAAAGUUUGUUUAUUCGAUGGAUGACAACAUGACAACGUUCCAAGACGGACAUGUUGGUUUUGCUGAUGUUUUGGCUUUGUAUGUCAAAUACGAAUAAACAGUUAACAUUUCUUACCACAAUAGCAAAAUGAGCCGUUUCUUAAACGAUGGACUUUUUAGCAAAAUGAGCCGUUUCUUAAA